AUGUCGCAGGCCGUGGCGGCGCUAAUCCACGCGGCUCAGUUGAGGGACACGAGCAGCACCUCAGCGGCGCUGCCUCCCAUCACCGACGACUACCCGUACCCUUACUCGUCUCUGCAACAUACCGGUUUCUUUGUGCUCUUCUUCUUUCCGACGAUUGCUCUUCUAGUAGUAGGCCUACGGGUAUACAGUCGAGUCACGACUAAACAGUUCGGCUGGGACGAUGGCUUGAUAUGUUUCGCAAUGGCAGAUUCCAUGGCCGAGACGGCAGCAUCAUACAUGGGAAUGCGGUUAGGCUUCAUCGGCAUCCACGUCUACGAUAUACCUCUAGAAGCCGACAGCCGCCUCGGCAGCCUCUGGAACUACAUCAUACAGCUGCUGUACAACCCGAUCCUAGCCAUCGUCAAGACGUCGGUGCUCAUGUUCCUGCUGCGGCUCAGCGGCCAGAAGAGGUCGGUCCGGUACGCCAUCCACGCGCUCAACGUCUUCAACAUUGCGCUCGGCAUCGCCAUCUUCACGACAAUCAUCCUCCAGUGCCAGCCCAUCAGCUACUUUUGGGAAAAGGCGGGCCGGAACCCGCCGACGGAGGGCAAGUGUAUCGACAUGGCCGCCUUCUACGUCAGCACCGCCUCCCUCACCAUCUUCACCGACGUGCUGGCGCUGGCCUUGCCAUUCUGGAUCUUUCUCGGGCUGAAGAUGCCUCUCCGCAUCAAGAUGGCGCUCCUUGCAGUCUUUGGUCUCGGAGCUGUUGUCACUGCCGUCAGCGUCCUCCGCCUCGCAUGGCUAAUCGAGAUAUCAUACCACAUCAACCAGCAAGACCCGACCUACGACAUCCGCUUCACCUACUCAGCCGUCGAGACGAACCUAGCCAUCAUCACGGCCUCGGCCCCGGCGCUGCGCGGCCUCUUCCUCCGCUGGUUCCCCAAGUUCUUCGCCUCCCUCAAGAGCUCCUCCAACGGCCGCUACGGGGGCGGCUACAACCGCAGCGGCGACCCGACGAAGAAGUCCCGCAACACGGUGGCAACGGCGACGGCGACCACUGGCACCAGAGGCCGCUCGAAUACCACGCGCAACGCCGCCGACGCCUUCCAGCUCAAGAGCAUGAAGGGCCGGUCCGAGAUCCGGGGCCACUCGCCCACGACGAGCGAGGAGGAGAUUAUGACGUACGACGGCAUCAUGCGCACGACGGAAGUGAAUAUCGUGUACGACGAACGACGGGAUUCGACGCCGCGAGGGGGUGGUGGGAGGAGAGAUGCUGCGCCUAGGGAUACGGGGGCUGGAGUUCCUGGUAAACGCGAUUACGACGCAAAGCUAUAUUCGACGACAAGCUCGGGAAGUUUCUGA